GCUCAGCACUGAGGCACCACACUGUGUCCUGGAAGCUGCUUGUGACUAACACAAAGACUCUCGAUAAACACACACACACACUCUCACUCGCUUGCGCUUACACACACACACAAUAUGGAUGUCAAAGUUUUGGCACUGAUGUUUUUCCUCAUGGUGACUGUGUCGGAUUUGGAGACUGAAGCGAAGCCCAUCAGCCUGUUGGAGAGGUGCUGGUGCCGCUCGACGCUCAACACCGUGCCGCAGAGGAGCAUCCGUGAGAUCAAGUUCCUCCACACGCCACACUGCCCUUUCCAAGUCAUAGCCAAGCUGAAGAACAAUAGGGAGGUCUGCAUCAACCCCAAGACCAAAUGGCUGCAGCAGUAUCUGAAGAACGCCAUUAGCAAGAUAAAGAAGUCAAGACAGAAUGAAAACUAAAGGCGGUGCUGGUGUGAGGAGAGCCGACGUGUGACUCUGACCUCUGUAUUACAUGUGCACCACACACACACACACACGCACACACACACGCACACACACACACACACACGCACCAUCUGUCCCUGUGUGGACUGCUUGCACAAACAGCACUUCGCCUACGAAUGCCUUUAUUCCUGCACCAGAAGCCAACCACACACACACACACACACACACACACACACACAGGGCACCAUUUUGCCAUUGUGAGACUUCAGGCUUGUGCAGGUCUGUAUGCUGAACUGAACUGAGUGGCUGAAUGUGGAUACAAAUAUUUGUGUGUGUUUUCUGUAUGCUUUGUGCCUUUAUUUUUAUUUUAUUUUUUUCAGUAAGAAGUUGCUGAUAAGUGUCAUGGUGAAUUAAGAAGGAAAGUGAGAGAGAGAGAGCGAGGGUGAGAGAGAGAGAGAGAAAGAGAGAGACCAGUUUGAACAAAAACAAAAUAUUACCCAGACCACCAUGAGGUGCAGAAGGGGGCGUGGCUUACAGUUUGAAGGCGGGGCUAUGUGAUUCAGUGGUUCAGCUACACUGACAGCUAUUUCUUAGCUACACUUGCCCUCAUAGCUCUAAGAUCUAAAACCCAAAAGGUGUAAACAGUGAAAUAACAAAUGUUCACAAUUCAUGAGGAAAUGAGGUUCACGAUGACACUUUCAGUGACUUCUGUAAGGUUUCCCUCAAAGCUGCCUCUUUAAGAGUCGCAGGAUGAUCUUCCGAGCACUGGCAUAGCUAGCUUACUUUUUGCUAACGCUUCCUACGAGGCCGGAUUUACGUUUAUGAAUUGGUAGAAUUUGCAGAUUUGGUAGAAUCAUGUGAGCGCUAAAAUACUUCCCGUUUAAAGUGCUUCCAUCAGACGUUCAAUAAACAGCUUUUCCUCACAGAAAACGUGAGGUAUUUCCAAAAUACAAGGCCAAGUGGAAGCUGUUAUUACAGAAAUGACAACAUUUUAGAUGAAUAUAAACCAGAAUCGGAUAAAUUACGUGAGAAAAACGUCGUCUGCACAGCAAAACGCGUUAAAAGAGGCGUUUCCCGACUCGUACACAUGCUCACUAUGCAUACGGCAUAACUGGCUUUCUAGAACGUUUUAGAAAUGUUUCGUUUGCUUAAAAGAAGAUUUCAAGUUAUCAGGAAUUUUUUGUUUUGUUUGUUUUCAAUAAUGCAACUUUCACAUCAAUGCAAUCUCUCUUGGCAGCUGCUAGUUUUAUACUUAUUAUUACUUUUAAAACCUGUGCUUAUGAAAUAUUAUAUAGCGUAUCUCCUUAUCUCCUUAAAGCCAGCCGUUUUCUUCUGUUGUGUUUGCACGCUUGAUCAUGAUGUAGGCUUUGUCGUAAAAGGUUGGCUCAGUAAACGGAGACGAAUUGAAAUACUUUGUUGAAAUCGAUUUAAUUGGUAUAAAGUGGAAUAGGGCUGAAAUAAAAAAAUAAUUUUAAAAAACCCACAAAAAAUCCACCAAAACAAUGAUUUAAAAAAAAGAAAAGAAUAAAUGUAUUAAAAACACACACACACAAAAAAAAAAACAUUUGAAACUUUUUAAAAACGUUUUAAAAUCACAAAACCUGAAAUGUAUAAAAAAAAUAUUUUUAAAUACAUAAAAUCCACCAAAACAAUCUGAAUAAAAAAAUAAAAUAAAAAUGCUUUAAAACCACACACACACACACACAAAAAAAAAAAAAUCCACCAAAACAGUGACAAGAUUUUAAUGAUUUUUUUUUUUGUUUGUUUUUACUGAUCCAGCUUUUUUACUUGAUUGUGUAUUGUAUUACAAAUCCAUCAUAAUUAUGGACCGUUAGUUCCACCAUAGAUCAGAUUCUCAACCUGUAUAUAGUCGGAGAAUCAGGUGUUGAUGUAACGUUUGGCUCGGUGUCACGUCGAGAUGUUUCCGUAAUUAUGAACAUAUUUAGUGCCGUUGGAUUAUUUACAAACGUUAUUUCAGUUUAGAUACAGAUUUUCCUAAGAGAGAACCUACGAAGGAAGUUCAGCUACAUGAAAUCAUAUGACUCGUGAGAGAACAAAAGAAAAAAAAAACAUCUAAUCACACGUUUCCGUUUCCAUAGUAACAGGCUCGCUAGCCUAUGACAAGCUGCUCCCAAACCCCCGGCUUAUUAACCGUGUAAUCGUAACGGGAUAAUAAUAACAUGUGGAUAUGAUUUCCAAGGGAAUGAAACAUGUGUUUUUUAUCAGGACAAAACAAUAAGCACUUCAACUGCUGUACAUGACUUUUUUGUUUUUUUUUUUGCAAUGACUAAAUGUUUUUUCCUGAACUGUAAAACAUAAAAAAUUUAGAAAGUGUGUCUGUUCUAUCCGUAAAGCUCUUUACUAAAUUUAUUAGUCAUUUUUAGAGGCUGUUGUUCCUAAAAAAAAAAACAAAGGAUUAGUGGAACAUCGUUUUAAAUUUAACAACAAAAAAAAUAA